AUGGCCGGAGCGGCGGAGCCCGAGGCGCACACGCUGGUGCAGCGCGGAGCGGAGCGCGGCGGCCGCACCCGCCGGGGCAAUUGGUCUGGAAGUCUUAUCCUAGCCUCCUUAACUGGUGCUUUUGGGUCGUCUUUUCUUUAUGGUUACAAUCUGUCGGUGGUGAACGCUCCCGCAGUGUACAUCAAGAAGUUUUACAAUGAAACUUGGGAGAGGAGAUAUGGCUUCUCAGUGGAUGAAGGCACGCUGACACUCCUCUGGUCCAUAACUGUUUCUAUUUUUGCCAUCGGAGGCCUUGUGGGUGCCAUUAUUGUUACCCCAAUUGUGAAAUUCUUUGGAAGGAAAUGCACACUGGUGCUCAAUAACGUGUUUGCAGUGGCAGCUGCGUUGUUGAUGUCCCUGUCCUUGCUGGCAGGGUCCUUUGAAAUGCUCAUCCUGGGCCGCAUCAUCAUGGGUGUCGACGCAGGCAUUUCCUUAAGUGCCCUCCCCAUGUAUUUGAGUGAAAUUUCUCCUAAGGAAAUUCGUGGUUCAUUGGGUCAGGUCACAGCGAUUUUCAUUUGUAUUGGUGUUUUCACUGGUCAAGUUUUGGGGCUGCCAGAAAUAUUUGGGCAAGAAUCUCGAUGGCCUUUCCUAUUUGGAGCAAUCAUUGUCCCAUCAUUGAUACAAGCCGUGAUUCUGCCUUUUCUUCCCGAAAGUCCUCGGUUCCUCCUGCUUGAAAAGCACAACAGGAGCAAGGCAGAAAAAGCAUUUCAGAGGUUCCUUGGGAAAGACGAUGUUUCUCAUGAAAUAGAAGAAGUUUUGGCAGAGUCCCGAGUCCAAAGGAACACCAAGCUGGUGUCGGUGGUGGAGCUGCUGCGAACGCGCGCGGUGCGAUGGCAGAUCAUGACCGUCAUCGUCACCAUGGGCUGCUACCAGCUCUGUGGGCUCAAUGCUAUCUGGUACUACACAAACAACAUCUUCAGUGAAUCUGGGAUUGAUCGUGAGACAAUCCCUUACGUUACACUAAGUACUGGUGCUGUUGAGACUCUGGCUGCUGUUUUUUCUGGUUUAGUUAUCGAGCGGCUGGGACGCAGACCUCUGCUGAUUGGGGGCUUUGGGUUGAUGAUCGUCUUCUUUGCAGUGCUCACUGUCUCCCUGACUUUACAGAGCACUGUGCAUUGGCUUCCUUACCUCAGUAUAUUUUGUAUCCUUGCAAUCAUUGCAUCGUUCUGCAUUGGACCAGGUGGGAUUCCCUUUGUCCUCACUGGAGAGUUUUUCCAGCAGUCACAGAGGCCAGCAGCAUUCAUGAUAGCUGGGACAGUCAACUGGCUCUCCAACUUUGCAGUGGGACUGCUCUUCCCUUUCAUCCAGGCUGGUUUACAGACCUACUGCUUCCUAGUGUUUGCUGGCAUCUGCUUUGCAGGAGCAAGCUACCUGUUUUUUGUCCUGCCUGAAACAAAAAAUAAGACAUUUCAUGAGAUCAGCCAAGCUUUUGCCAAAAGGAAUAAAGUAACUAUAGAGAUGCAAGAGAUGAACCACUACACGGGGGAAGGGAAAUCAAGGGAAGAACAAGAAUCAAACUUCACCUCUUCAGUGGACAAUGGGGAAACCAAAAAAGGGAUUGUGUAAACCCAGGAUGCUCUUUCAGGGGGUGGGGGAAAGCGUGCUCUUUUCAUUUAUAGCAGUGCACAACUUGUAUUAUGACUUCAUGAACUGUUUCCCCCCUGCAAAUAUUCUAUGUGAGUAUGGGUGAAUUCAUUAGCAGCUGGGGUAAUGGUUGUGACAAUGAGGGGCAGGAGGAACAGCAACUGAUAAAGUAAAUGAGAUGGAGUUCCAUUGGCACCUGUGAAGCAAGUGCUGUGGUGAGUGGAAUGAGGAAUGCAGACUUGGAGAUGUGAAAUGGCAGUGGGGAGCCAGGGUUUUGAGCAGCAGCUGGCUGAGCACCCCUGUGUGCCCACAGGGAGGUGUGCAUGCUCCCUCCAAGAGGAGGAGGAGGCAGGGACAAGGGAAGAGAUCCCAGUGGGGCCUGAUGAGAAGCAAACCUGAAAUGGCACCAUAAGGUAUUUCUCCAAGAUGUCAUUCAAGCUGCCCAUGAGAACUGCCAUGACACUUCCCUGACCACUCAUUCCUUUUCUAGCUAUUUUACUUUCAGUUGCAUGGUUUGCAACAUCUGCCACCUUCCUGCAAAAGGGCAGCUCUGGGUCCUGAUGAGUUUACUUGUCUCACUUGCAAAUCCUGAUUCACUAGUAAUAGAGUUGUCUCUGGUCUCUGGGUUUGCCAGCACUGAAUUUCUCUGAAGAUAUGUAUUUAUACAAUUUUAUUUUUUAAGAAUAAACUUAGAAGCUUUAAUAUGAAAACUAAACCUCAUGGUGAAGUGAGGGAACUCCGAUGGUACGUGUAGGACACAGUAUUGAAACAAAAAUUCAAACAUUAAGUGUUCCAAGGGUUGGGAUUUUUCAAUUGUUUUGUUUGGUUUUUUGUUACUUUUCAAAUUCCUUUUAAAGCAAGACUUAGAAGCCCAAAUUUCCCUGAGACCUAAUAACUUAGUUCUUAACAUUCAGAUCCCUAGAUAGGAAUUUGGGUGCCUGUUUCUUACUUAAACACUAAUUUUUAUUUGGGCAUUAGAUUCUGAAGCACCAGUCCUAGGUCACAUGAAUAAUAUUCUCAGUUGUCUAAAGCUUUGUUAAACUGCUUGAUUUCAUGAGAGAAAAACUCAGCAGGCUCUCAGUGGUUCGGUGAACAGUUCAUGGGAUUUUUUCACAAUGAACAUCAUCUUUACAGUUUGUAAUUUUGACAACAUUUUUUCUUGAUCCCUCUAGAUACCUGGAUGUUGAGGGAUAAUAAGAAUUUUAAACUUAAAUAGCUGUUUUAUAUGAAAAGUCAGUAAGUCUUUGAACUGCUCUCGGUGAGGAGUAAGACACAAGAAAAAAGUGCAGCAUGUAGGUAAACUACUUCCACAAGUUACAUUUACUGAUCUAGAAAUUAAUGAACUUGGAACAUAUUUUGUGAGAAAAUUUGAGUAUAUAUUCAUAUAUGUAUGCAUAUAUGAAUAUAUGUAUUCCGAGUAUAGAUAUAUAUUAAUAUUUAAUGGCUUAAUAUUAGUGGCUUUAAGGUGGAAGAGGGUAGAUAGAGAUUGGAUAUUAGGAAGAAAUCCUUUACUGUGAGAGUACUGGAAGAGGUUGCCCAGAGAAACUGUGG